UUUUGACAGCAGCAGUGCGCUCGGCGGGACAAGAACAAGGCCGUGGGUAAGGGGGCUAUAUUUUCUCGUUGCUGCCGAUUAGAGCGUUGACAGUCUCUCAGCCAAGUGCUACUCCUGAGGAUAUGGCGGCUUCGGACUGGGAAGCCCGCUGUAAGUCAUAUGACUGAUUCAGGAGCUCGUGUGAAGUGCCAUGGUAGACAUGCAGAGUCAGUACGGACCCCCGUCCCCUCUGGAGGACUCGGUCCUGGGCAGUCCGCUCUGCGGAGACUUCAUCGGGGGCAUGGACGACCUGCAGGACAUCUCUCAGUCCAUGGAGGAGGACGCCCUCUGCUCCUUCGACCUGCCGGGGUAUCAGUCCUCCAGCACCGGCUCCGACAGCUCCCACAUCUUCGAUGCCCUGACCCCAGCCUCGAGCCCGUCCUCUGGGAUAUUUGGAGCUGUCGGCCCCCAGGAAGAGUUGGGGUCCCCCUCCCUCAGCCUGGAGUGCCGUGUGUGUGCAGACCGAGCGUCGGGGUACCACUACGGGGUGCACGCCUGUGAGGGCUGCAAGGGCUUCUUCAGGAGGACCAUCCGGCUGAAGUUGGAGUACGAGCGCUGUGAGCGUAGCUGCAAGAUCCAGAAGAAGAACCGCAACAAGUGCCAGUUCUGCCGCUUCCAGAAGUGCCUCUCCGUGGGCAUGUCCCACAACGCUAUCCGCUUUGGACGGAUGCCCCAGUCGGAGAAGAUGAAGCUGAAGGCAGAGAUCCUGACGGGGGAGUGGGAGGAGGAGGGCCCCUUGCUGGCUGACCAGAAGACCCUGGCCAAGCAGAUCUAUGAGGCCUACCUGAAGAACUUCAACAUGAACAAGUCCAAGGCCCGGGUCAUACUGACCGGCAAGACCAGCACACCGCCCUUUGUCAUCCACGACAUGGACACGCUGCGGCUGGCAGAGCGCACCCUGGUGGCCAAGCUGGUGGGCAGCAACGCGGCAGGCCUGCGCGACAAGGAGGCGGAGGUGCGGCUCUUCCACUGCUGCCAGUGCACCUCCGUGGAGACGGUGACCGAGCUCACCGAGUUCGCCAAGUCCGUGCCGGGCUUCUGCGGCCUGGACCUCAACGACCAGGUGACGCUGCUGAAGUACGGCGUGUACGAGGCGCUGUUCGCCCUGCUGGCCUCCAGCAUGAACAAGGACGGGCUGCUGGUGGCGUACGGCGGCGGCUUCAUCACCCGCGAGUUCCUCAAGAGCCUGCGCCGGCCCUUCAGCGACAUGAUGGAGCCGAAGUUCCAGUUCGCCAUGAAGUUCAACGCCCUGGAGCUCGACGACUCGGACCUGGCGCUCUUCGUCGCCGCCAUCAUCUGCUGCGGAGACCGGCCGGGCCUGUCGAACGUGCCGUACAUCGAGCGGAUGCAGGAGGCCAUCGUGCAGGUCCUGCAGCUCCACCUGCUGGCCAACCACCCGGAUGACGCCUUCCUGUUCCCGCGGCUGCUGCAGAAGCUGGUGGACCUCAGGCAGCUGGUGACCGAGCACGCCCAGCUCGUGCAGGAGAUCAAGAAGACCGAGGACACCUCCCUGCACCCGCUCCUGCAGGAGAUAUACAGGGACAUGUACUGAGGCGUAACCCCGAACAGGGUCGCCCACGAACCGAUACGCGCACUGACGUGUAGACGCGCAGGUCCCCCCCGUUACCCGACGCACGUUUGUGCUCCGUCCUCCUAGCUGCCAGGAGCGUCCAAGAAGUUUUUGGAUCUUGUCUUUGGUGCUGUGCCUUAUGCCUUUUGAGGCAGUGAACAAUCCCAGGACAAAUAAAACCUACUAAAGGGGUGGAUUCCACCCCGUAAUGUGUCCCACUUUCAGGGAAAGUGGUGUGUACAGUGACCCAACUUUCGCUUCCGGAUGCUGUAGCUCAUCUGUGUUCUUCUCUCGAGCAAAGACAGUGGACUUGUGCUACACACACACACACACACACACACACACACAUGCGUGCAUGCACGCACACGUCACAAAUAUGCACAUUAUGGACAUAAACACACACACACACAUUUUAGAUACUUACACACACACACACACACAUACACAAGCAAACACAAGCUUGGUACAAAUGCACAGAUCAUACACACAUGCACAACAAAAUGCACACACAGUACACCUCCGAGUAAAAAAAAAAGGAGGCGGUGAACAUGUGUGAUUUAUUCAGGUCAUCAUACACAAACACAUCACACCUCUGUGUUUCAGCCGUCUCCACACACACACACGUCGCAGAAGACGGAAGCCGCUCCUUCACCUGCCCGACAGCAAGCCGAAUCGAACCGAAUCGCCGGAACUGGGAUGUUGUCUGUCCGUUGGUCUGCUUUAUGUCUGUGACUCAAGUAUUUGCACACGUGAACAAAGCUAUUCAGAAUUUUUUUUUUUUUUUGUGUAAACCAUUUUGAUUAUGAAUGUUAACUAGAGAAUGUGCCACACCAGGUCCAGGGUAGGUCAGUGUUUCAUAAGAACAACAUGAAUAUAUUUAUCAAAGAUAUAUGUUCAGACAGGGUUUCAUACAAUGUCUAAAAAUAUAGGAGCUUUUUACAUACCGCUCACCUGGAGUGUAGGUCUCAAUGUAGUAUUUUAUUUUUGAUUCAAAAAUGUUGCCUACAAAAAUGGUUUACACAAAAAAAUAUUCAGUUCUUACAACUUUCCCUGCUCCUUCACUACUGAGGGGAAUGUUUCUGUGACCCCUUGCUUUUCAUUGAAAUGAAACUUUAGGUGUAAAUCUGCAGUAUAGAAAGAUAGAUAUGAGGUUUGGGAAAAAAAAAAAAGAAAAAAAAAAAACCUGUUUUAUCAAACUCGCCUCAGCUGACUUUCGACAAAGACCAUGGUGGGUAUUGUGACUGAGGGAAACUAUGCUUGUCAUUUUAAUGUUCACAUAAUUUUAUGUGAACCAGAAAUAUAGGAAUGCGAUGAAGAUGAAGACUACAGUGGGAUCUGUGAGGGAACUGAAGUGAACAUAAGCUCCCAGUUGUAUUUCACCUCAUGCUGUGUUCCUGGGGUACCACUAUGUCAUGGUACGGGCAGGGCCUGAUUUCGCUUUUGCACAUUCAUUCUCUGAUGUAGUUGGCUUGAUGGAAUGAGUUGAUCCCGUGGGGGGGGUCAGCCUUAUAUUCAAAAUACAUCCGAUGGGCUUCCGGCUUCAGAUAAUGGGAGGAAAAAUUAUGAAAAUAACUUGACACUGUGCAUUUUUUUUUUCCUGCCCUGUAUGUGCCUCUUUUGCAUUGCUUUUCUCACUGCCUCUGUUCUGAAGGACAUAUUUCCAUGGCGGUUGGGUAUCCGGUUUUUCGGCAAUUCCAGCCGUGUGCUGCCUUGUCAAGUUUGGAGCCUGGAGGAAUGCAUCACUUGGUUUGAAAAAAAAAAAAAAAAAACAAGUGUAAAAACAAGUGUAAACCUGACCUUGACUAAUAAUGACAGCCUGAGGAACUCAAAACAAUUUUGUGCCUUGAAGAACGGAUGACAUGAUCUGUCAUAUAUACGUCCCUUCUCCUCGUAUGCAAUUCAUGCACAAGCUGAGGAACAACAUCUAAAUGUUUAAAAUGGCAUUCCCUUUCGAAAGAGCGUUGCCUUUGCUACUUGUUGUGCGACUAGCAUUGAGCAAAAUGGGUGAGACAUUUUCCUCCACAGAGUGAAAACUCAUUUCUGUGUUAUUGACAAUGGUCUAUCCGGAAUGGAGGCGAGUCAAAUUGUGUCACAAAGUGCCAAAUUGUGUGAGAAGCAGCCACUUAUUCUGGGGAGAAAUUAUGCCAUCCAGAAGUCAAAACGUCUCCUUGUUAAUUCAAACAAAUUCCACCCAGUUGAAAUUACGUAUGUAGAGUUUGUGUUUAACCGGACAAGGGAUUUUUAAAAGUUGUAUCAGGGAAUUUUGUUGUCUUCCACAAUGUGUACCUGUUCAGGACUUUGUGGGACAAUCUGCCAUUCUUUUAUACUCUGCUGAAAAUGACAUAGAUAAUCGAUGGAUGGCGAUCAAUAACAUGCACUCAGUACCUGCACUUUAUCACAAUCGUAAAUAUAUUUGAAUUCCAUUGUAAUGAGCAAUAAGUUGUGUGGUAUGAACCCUAGCUUUUGAAGUACGUGCAGUAUUUUGCAGCUAGUGCCAGGAAAAAAAGACUGAAUGAUCUAGUCAUGCUAACCUGGUGUUUCUUUUAUCUUUCAAUGUGGGUUGCUAAAUCAUAUUGUAAAACAAAAUGUCUGCAGAAUGUCGCUUUAUUUGAAACAAUAACAUGAAUGAUUUGAAGUGAAAACACUAAGAAUCUAGUACGUUCCUGAUACUUCCAUUCUGAAUAAAUUUCCUUCCUCUUGUAUCAUAAAAA